AUGAUAGAUGUUGAAUAUGAAAGUCAAAGAAGCGAUUAUAAUACAAAAAUUUUAAAAGAAAGUCAUAUAUUUAUUCCAGAACAAUAUUAUAGACUUAUGGUACAAACUGGUUCAAUACAUCAAUUUGUUCAAUUAAUUGAUGAAGUGAAUAAAGAAGAAGCAGAAGAACAAAAAAAGAAAGAAACUAUUAUUAGGAAACAUCAAAAAACACUGAAAUCAAAACAUGUUUCAACACAGACAACAUCAACUAAUUCUGAACCAAUAAUGAUUUCGGAUGAUUAUUUUGAUUACACUGAAGAAUUACAAUCAGGUUUUUCUUAUUCUAUUCAAUCAUUUUAUGAUUUCAAAGGAUAA